CACUUCAUUUCCAUAGCCUCAUUUUCUCUCCCCUACUCUCAGUCCACACCGAUCUCUCCGGCCGGACGUCUCGCCGUCUCGCCGUCUCGCAACUGUCGUCGAUUUUUGUCUAUUGUCGACUCUUCGUGCAUCGGUCUCGUUGCCUCGCUUUGGUUCUGGUCGGCCACUCGCAUCGCUGUAGGGGGAACCGAAGAAGCUUCAUCAUCGCCAUCGAGAGAAAGGGUCAAUGGCGUCGAAUUCGGAAAUGGAAUCGACAGAUCAGAUGGGGGAUUACGAGACGUUGAUUUCGUCGUCAGAUGUCGAGCUGUUGAUGAGAGCAUGGCGUAACGAGAAGGCGGCACCGGAGAUUCUUCAGUAUGAGGCGGCUCUUGUGGAACGAACCAAAGAGCAGAUCGAAUUGGUGGAAGAAACAAUUGAAGAAUAUGUGACUAGUGGAAUCGACCCUCUUGUGGUGUCACUCUAUCAGAUGGAUUUGGACAGAACCCAGUUUCUGUUGCGAUCGUAUCUGCGGGUUCGACUUAUGAAAAUAGAGAAGUACAUGUUCCACAGCUUGAAGUCGGAGGAUGCUGAAAGGCGACUAUCCGAGCAAGAGAAGACCUUUGCCAGGAGGUGUGCUGAUGAUUUAGCAAAGCAUCUUGAAGAGAGUGUUCUGCUCAAGUUGCCUGAAAACUAUCAGUCAGUUCUCAAGCAAUCGGUUAUAAGCGAAGGGGAUGACAUGGUGCCACAGCCGCAUCUGGACACAUUCGUUGUCUCGAAGAGCAAGAACUUCGUCUCUCUCAACCUAUACGAAGAAGGAGAGAGCCCUGAGACAGUGGAGAUGGAACACGGUGACUUAUACUUCAUACGUUACAAGAUCAUAAAAAGGGCAGUGGAAUCUGGGCAAAUCGACUUGCUUUGACACCCAAAAAAAAAACAAAAAAACAGACACUUGGGCUUUACAGUUCAGACCUGUUCCUGUCUAUUUUCCAAGCGAUUCAGCUCCAUCCACCCCCGUGUCUAGCAGGUAUGCCAUCUAUCCCAAGAUUUCGAUUAGAAAGUUAGCAACUUUGUAAUCUUUAUAUAUAUAUAUAUAUAUACGUUGAUGGUAUUGAAAAGUUUACCUGCCAAUGUCGAAGGUGAUGUAAAACUUUUGUUAUGUAUGAUCCAUUUUUAACUAAAGUGUACCAAUUUUUAGAAAAAAGAUGUAAUCUUUUUA